UCUUCACAUGUGAAGAAGACGCCUAAAGAACCUGUCUCAGAAACCAUUCUCACACAUCCUCCCGCGUAAUGAUGGCGAUCGUAUCGGCGGACUUCACUGGCGGUUCGGUGCAGCUUCUGAAACAAUCUAUAGACUCGAGUAAUUCGAAUCUAGGGUUUUCUAAGUCCUCAUGUUUUCCGUCCAGAAUUCCAUGUCUAUUUUCUAAACCAAAGAAUGCUGCACUCAAUCGGCGACUGGUGGUCUCUGCAAGCAGCGACGAUAAACUCGUCGAGGAUAACCAUUUCCCUCUCCCGGAGGCUCCCCCGUCUACGACCAGACCAAAGGUGCGGCGUCACACAAUCUCGGUGUUUGUUGGGGAUGAAAGUGGAAUGAUAAAUCGGAUUGCAGGUGUCUUUGCAAGGAGGGGAUACAACAUUGAGUCUCUUGCUGUUGGUUUAAACAAGGACAAGGCUCUCUUCACCAUAGUUGUAUCUGGAACUGAACGAGUGUUACACCAAGUCAUGGAACAGCUUCAGAAGCUUGUCAAUGUCUGGAAGGUUGAAGAUAUCUCAAAGGAGCCUCAAGUGGAACGUGAAUUGAUGCUCAUAAAAAUCAAUGCCGAUCCAGUGCACCGUGCUGAGAUCAUGUGGCUGGUGGACGUCUUCCGAGCCAAAAUCGUGGACAUCUCUGAGCACUCACUAACUAUUGAGGUGACUGGAGACCCAGGGAAGAUGGUUGCAGUGCAAAGAAAUUUGAUCAAGUUUGGAAUUCGUGAAAUUGCCAGAACUGGAAAGAUUGCCUUGAGGAGAGAAAAGAUGGGGGAGUCUGCUCCUUUUUGGCGAUAUUCGGCAGCUUCAUAUCCAGAUCUUGAAGGAACAACACCAGUGGACAUUUCUGUACAGAAGAGGAAGAGAACACUUGAUGGAGAUUCUGAUACAUCUGCUAGGGGUGACGUCUAUCCUGUGGAACCAAUUGAUGACUUCCCUGUAAAUAAAGUUCUUGAUGCUCACUGGGGUGUUCUCAAUGAUGAUGAUACAACUGGGCUUCGUUCACACACCUUAUCCAUGCUUGUAACUGAUUCCCCUGGGGUUCUUAACCUGGUAACUGGAGUUUUUUCUAGAAGGGGCUAUAAUAUUCAGAGUUUGGCUGUUGGCCAUGCUGAAGUUGAGGGGCUUUCUCGUAUUACAACUGUUGUUCCUGGCACAGAUGAAUCUAUUAACAAGUUGGUGCAGCAACUGAACAAACUGGUAGUUCUUCAUGAGGUCCGGGAUAUCACCCAUGUGCCAUUUGCGGAGCGAGAACUGAUGCUAAUAAAGAUUGCUGUUAACUCUGCCGCCCGUCGGGAUAUCCUUGACAUUGCUAGUAUUUUUAGAGCGAACGCUGUUGAUGUUUCUGACCAUACAAUAACACUUGAGAUGAAGGUUUGGCAGUGCUGGUCUUCAAGCAUAUAUGUUGCUGUGUAUUGAAUUGAUGCUUUGAAGGUAUAUCAGUCUCUCCCUCUCUCUUCCCCCUUUUCUUAGCAUGAGUAACAUUUUGCCACUUGUAGAUGAGAUAAAGCUUUUAAGAGGUGCAUUUUGGGGGCAGUUAUCUUGUGCUUUUACUUUAUAUAUCCAAGUGUACUAUUUGCAUCUAGGUAAUUAAGAACUUGGGAAAUUAACUACUUCUCUGACAUUGGCAUACUGUUUACCAUGCACAAAUCUGGUCAUUACACAUUUUAUGCCUAACAAAGUUUGUUCAUAAAGUGCAUGUUGCAGAUGACAUUUUUGCAUAGUGGCUUGUGAAUGGAAAAAUGAUAACCGUUAAAAACCACCAUGAUCUAAAAGUUUAAGCUAGUAGGUAGAGAGUUAAUUUUUUUUUAUAUUAUUAUUUUUUACUCCCAGCUCGCCCCAUAUGUGGUUACGUUUUUCUCCAUAAUUGGUCUAAAUAUGUGUAACUAUUUAAAUGUUAGGUUAGCAGUGAGGUUUAAACUCAGAACCUUUGUCUGCUAUAAUAUCAUAUUAAAUUGUUAACGACCAUUUCAUCUACAAGUUUAAGCUGAUAGAUAUUGAAUUUACUUUAUUUACUGUCAACAAUGAUAAACUCCAUUUAAGCAUCAAUGGUUGGUUU